GUAAAGAUGGCGGACAGUGACUCAAAACCGGUCAGCAGCCUUGAAAAAAUUAACGAAAAUUCCCCCCUGAAAACACCUGGUGCAAUGUCUACACCAGAAACUGUAAACCAGGAUAAAGGUCCUUUGAACGGGCACAGCCCUAAGGAACCUGAAAGUCCCGUUCCGAUGAAAACUGCAACAAAACCCACGAUGAGUGCUGAAGAGGAAAUGGACGUCACUGUCAAAAGACAUGCACGGUUGGGACAGGCUUUUAUGAGUCCAAUGUUGGCAGAUCUUGAAGAAAAGAUCAGAAAGAACAAUGAAAUACUAGAUAACAUUUCUGCGAAGUGGGACGAAGAGAGGGAAGAGAAGCGUAAAAAGGAGAGAAGUACUCACAUUCCUGGUCCGCUGCAGGGAACAUACAUUCUAAAUUUUUGGGGCCAACAACUGGACACCGUCAUGAAGCGCCUAGAAGAUCUGAUUCUUUAUGAGAACUUUAACGACGAAGAGGAGGAUGAAACAAAAUUAGUGCGUGCAAGCCUGAAGAAAUUAGAUAGCCAUGGUGAGGUAGCGAUACUUGCUCACAGUCUUGGUGCCUUCAUCUCCACACUCGGCGAGGAACAUCUCAAACGCAUCAGUGCCAGGAUAAUCUCUGACACUACGCUAUGGAUUUCGAGGUUAUUCAGGUUCAAAGAUUCAGCGGCAUAUUUCCACGAAGAGAAGAGAGAUGGUCUGGUGCGAGUGUGUCGUUUAGCUCUACAGAAAAAGUACCCGAAGUAUGGAACAGAAGGAUUUGAAGCCCUAUAUUCCAAGCCUCCUGUCCUCUACGUCAGUACAGCUGCAGAGCAAGGCCUUGGCCAAUACAUUUGUACACAGCUUGGCCUCCCCGUGUCCUGCCUCAGUACGGUGCCAUGUAAUACAGUGUUUGGUUCUCAGCACAAAAUGGAUAUAGCUGCACUCGAGAAGCUGGUCCAAGAUGAUAUUUCCUCUGGGAAGACACCACUGUUGAUGAUCGCCUAUGCUGGUACACCAUUGGUUGGAGAAGUCGACAACUUACCAAGGCUUCAAGAGAUAUGCAAAAAGGACAACAUAUGGUUACAUCUUGAAGGUCACCACCUUGCUACACUGAGCUGGUUCUCGGUUCCCACUGCUGUGCAGCCUGCAACAUCUGGUGACAGUAUGACAGUUAGCCUCGGACAGUGGCUUGGACUGCCUGGGGUGCCAUACACUACAAUAUACAAGUCAGCUGAGCCGCCCAUUGCACACGCUGCUGGACUGACGUCGUUUAGCACCCACUACAGACUAAGCUGCCUGCCUCUGUGGAUUGUGUUGCAAACAGUCGGGCAUGAAAAUGUGGUGAAUCGAAUCAAGCAUUGUAUAGAUAUGUCUGUUGAACUUGGUGAGGUUUUGAAGCCGAUACCGUCUAUAAAGCUGGAGCAUAUAAGAGAAGAAAUUGAAAAUGAUCCUGGUCCACGCUCUAUUCGUGAAUUAAUCACCAAAGCUAUAGAUGCCAUACUUGUUUUUGAGAUUGCCAAUCCAACUGUGGUGUUCAGGUAUCAAGUGGAAGCAGCUGUCUCAAAUAUUGCAGGAUUUUCCGCUGCGGGGGAAGCAAAAUCCGACUCUACAGCAGAAUAUUUUGAUGCCUUAAAUAUUUGGCUUGCUGAGACGCUGCAGAGAGACGUACCAGAAAUAGGAAUAGACACCAUUGAACUUGAUGGUCAGGGCACGUGUAUACGAUUCUGUUCAUUAGAGACGGUCCAGUCCUUGGGUACAGAGAGCGAGCAUAUCAAGAGGCUUGCUGCGUGCAUGAAGGAGAAGAUGGAAAUUUUAAAUGCAACUGUGAAGGAGAGAGAGAACUUUCAGGCAAUCGUAGAAGCUCAGGAUAACAUACACUUAAUAGACUUAUCUGACUGGGCAGGACUAGGAGCAGUGCAAUACAUUCCAGAUAUGUGGCUCGAUAAGAUGUCAAACCUGCCACCAGCUGCAAGGAGAGAUAUCAACGAUAUCAAUCUCGAAUUAGUCAACAAGUUAAAGUCCAAUGAUAACGCAUUUGCUUUAGGUAAAACAGAUGAUGACGUGGCGUAUUCUCGGUUUGGUCUGAUCACGCCGGCGACCGAUGUGGAGGAGCUAGUCGCUCUGGUGUAUGCAACGGGGAAAGAAAUUGAAGAAUCGUCGAGGUAUCUUGAAAAAAUGGCCGACAUGAUCAAGAAAGGUAUAGACGAGGCCAACAAGGAUCUAGAGAAAGAGAACGAUAAUAAGCUGUUGCAGGAGGGUGUCUUGAGACAGGUGCCUAUUGUGAGCUCCUUAGUCAACUGGUGGUCACCGCCACCCAAGGACGUAGCCAAGGGCAGGAUGUUUAAUCUUUCUUCAGGAAAGGUUAUUAGCACUGAGGACACGUACAAAUACCAUAUGCAAGUCCAGGAAAACAACACCCCAAAGUCUCCGACAUCAAAAACUGGUCCAUUGAAAACGGUCCUCAAGCCGAAGAAGUCUCCUCUGUCUGGUAGCAUGACAAACGGGCCAAGUCACCAACAUAACGAUUCGAUCUCGAGUACGACAUCGAGUUUAGACUCGACGAAGACGCCAGUAGAUGGUGGAUUACCACAGCUUAACACGUCAGGCCAGUUGGAAUUGGCGGAAGAAGCCAUGCCAAAUGAACAAAUUGAGGAUGCCAAAUAAAGAUUUCCUCUGAUCCAAGUUUGAGUUGAUCUGGAUUCAUCAUCUCCUGUACAUGUACCCAUUCAAUGUACUACCUAUUUUUGUGUGAUGGGUCACAUAUGCCAUGUGGGGAGGUAGGGUUUUCACAUAAAUAAACAUGACUGAAUUCAUGUGAAGUCUAUUUGCGUUUUGUAAGUUUUACCGAAUCUUCAAAUACCCUGAUUUACUUUCUUAAUUGUAAAAGGGAUUCAUACUGAUGGUUUUCAUUAUGCAAGUUAAUUGUAUUCAGAGAGGAGUUGUACAUGUUCAUAUUUGAAUUUUAUGUUGUGUCCUUGCUGGUUUUGGAAGAGAUGUCAUCUAGAUGUGUGAUAAAAAUUGCAACAGAAGCAAUGUCCUAUAAUUUUCAUUGUAAAAUGUAACUUAGAGGUAUUGGGUUGUCGGGCUGUGCUUGAUGUCAAGAUACAUGUACCAUAGUUUGAAUGAAAUGAAAGUGGGAAGUCAACCAUGUUUAAAAUCUUUCACCAGGAGCAUUGUAUGUACUUAAUACAAUACAUGUCCUAUCUCAUUCAUGAUCGUCAUCAUUACACUGCUAUAGUUUCUUCGAUGUGCAUGCAGUGGUCCAUUGAUUUAUAAUACAUGUAUGUCUGAUUGUGGGACUAUGUUACGGCUUAUUUAUCAUCUGUUAAAAGUACAUGUUCCUCUUCGCUAUUGUCCUAAGGACAUUUCUUUGUACAUUUUAUGUAGAAGAUUUCUUCGGGCUUAGUUUAUGAAUGACAAGUAUCGUAAAAACACCUGAUAGUUUAUUGGUUUGGGUGCUUCUUAAAUAUGAUGCACUUGUUUUUUCCCAACAUUAUUUGUAAAUUGAUUUAUUUGGUGCCAGAUUUCUUUGUAAUAUUUUCCUUUAGUUCAAUUAUAAUAGCCCCCCACCCACCCCCAACAUUUCAUCAUUGUACGAGAUAUUAAAUGAUCAUAUUCACAGAAUGCCUGAAAGUCAUACUUGUUGUACAUGUAAAGGUAUUGUGUUCAACUUUAGGAGACAUGGUUCUGUUUGGCGUGGCUCUCCUAAAAGCCAUAUGUGUAUACUGUCUUUAUCUAUGUUGUACAUACAUGUAUCAAUAUUCUAAAUAUAGCUAUUUGCAUGUAUAAAAUCGCCAUUCAUUUCAACACAGCUUUAGAUGAUGUAUACAUGUAAUAAUGCAUAUUGAUUCCAAGAAGUCAUUUCACCAAACUCUUAUUCUCUAUUUAUUUAAUCUCGCUCGUUAAAAACGUUAGUUUCUUGUAUUAUAAAAGGUUUCUUGGUCCCUGAUGUCUGAUAUCUGUCAGUGUGAAUGGAGUAACGAAUCUAAAGAGAUAUUGGAUAGGGGAAGGGAAAAUACUUGUUGAUAUACAUAAGUUAUUUACAUUGCCUGAAAUUUGGAUUGUACCAGGUAUGUGGCUAUAUGAAGUAUUACCAAAACAUAUGGAUACUUGGUGUUGUUUAUAUAUUUUGGUAGUAGAAAUGUACUGGGAGUAAUUUACUGGUAUGCAACACAUUGCUGAGAGAGACAUUUGACGUUAAGUUAGUUAGCGAAAGCACUUGCCUCAGUUGGGCCAAAUUUAGAUAAUGUUGUCGAAUUUGGCAAACUUUUUUCUUUCCAUUAUUUUGGAAUAUGGGAUUAAGACUGCCAAUGACGUGGUUUACUACCUGUGCCAACAUAUUUUGUUUUGCCUCUGCUUGUUAGGUGUUGAUUAUUCUUUAGGCUCCCUUAUUUAUCGGAUAAUACAGUAUCACAAACUAUCGUUUUUUUGGGGAGUACAUGUCGUUCACGAUAUGAAAGCAAAGGGUCCAUGGUAAUGAUAUCACUGAGGUGGUCGUUUAAGGUUCCUAUGUAUAUCUAUCUUUAUAUAAAUAAGAUGUCAGUAUCUUUAUGUGAUGAACAAAUAUGCAUGGCUUUGAUUAGCUCAUUUUAAUUUCUGCACCUUUCAAGAAACUGAUGCAUUGGCGCUUCGUGGAUGGGCCUCUCAAACCUUUUAUGACAUAAUAAUAUUCAGAAACUUUUAGAAUUAUCUAUUAGUGUGGCAGAAAUAGAAUCAACCUCUGAGCAAAAGGGACCAGAAAAUUAUUGGAAAUUUUGAACCCUUCAAAUAAUCUAAACACACAAUAGUACUGGUUUAUUUGACUUGCAAAGGAAGGCAUCUUGUCGCCUCCGCAUUAGUUUUGUGAAAUCUGGUUAAAAAGUAAAGAAAUGAAUGCCAUUAUGGCCCAGGCAGGACCUUGUGAAAUAUGGAGCUAAGUCCUCAUCUUCGAAGGGUCAGUGCAUUAUGAAGCAUCUGUAUGCAACUCUUAAUAUAUUGCUUUCACUUUUUGUUUGCGUUGCUGAUUUCUUAAACUUUAUUUUUCCAAAGCUAUGUCUUUCUUAAUAAAUACAGUCUGAACAAG